AUGGCAGCCAAUGCCAUGCUGAACGGCAAUUUCCUGUGGUCAAACAACUCUUUGCAAAGGGACAGAGCGGUGUCCGAAUCUGGAAAAACAAUCAUUGGAAUCUAUCUCCUGAUUCUAGGCUGGCUGUCUUGGAUUGGGAAUGGAAUUGUCAUCUCCAUCAUGUACAAACGAAGACUGGCCCUCGAACCCCAAGAUUAUCUUACAUUCAAUCUUGCUAUAUCAGAUGCCAGCAUUUCAAUUUUUGGGUACUCGCGGGGCAUAAUUGAAAUAUUCAAUAUGUUCCAAGAUGAUCAAUUUCUCAUCACGUCUAUCUGGACUUGUGAAGUGGAUGGGAUUUUGACUCUGCUGUUUGGUUUGAGCAGUAUUAACACUUUGACAGCCAUCAGCGUCAUCAGAUACAUCAAAGGUUGCAAACCGCAUCAAGCUUACAAGGUUAACAAAUCUAGUAUUAUGCUGGUCUUGUCUAUCGUGUGGCUGGCAGCUCUUUUCUGGUCUGCAACACCCCUUCUAGGAUGGGGCAGUUACACAGAUCGCUUGUAUGGCACAUGUGAGAUCGAUUGGAUACAGGCAACUGUUUCUAUUGCCUACAAAUCUUAUGUUCUUGGCAUAUUUCUCUGCUGUUUCUUCUUCCCUGUCUCAGUGAUGAUUUUCUCAUAUGUGUCCAUAAUAAAAAUGAUUAGAUCCAGUCACAAAUGUGUCAGGAAAGGAGAGAUCAGUGAACACCAACGUCAUAUUGAACAAGAAGUGACACGGGUGUCUUUUAUCAUCUGUACAGCCUUUAUUAUGGCUUGGUCCCCCUAUGCAGUCAUGUCAAUGUGGUCAGCAUGUGGAUACAGUGCACCAGCCAUCACCAGUGUCCUCGCCUGUCUCAUUGCUAAAUCUGCCAGCUUCUACAACCCCAUCAUUUACUUUGGCAUGAGCCCCAAGUUCCGCAAGGAAGUGCGGGCUCUCUUCCACUGCCUGAAAGAAAAGAGUGGUGCAGGCUUUGUGACACCUGUGAAACAAACCAAUGUGAGUAGGAAACCAGAGCUUAUAAAUCAGGCUGACAAGUACCAGGUAUCUAUUCCCAUAGCCAAGAUCCCAGACUGGAGUGCAGACUUGAACAACACUACACCCAUCACCACUGUAUCCUGUCACUUCGAAAAGAAACAGGAUUCAGGACGGGAAGGUGAAUCAGAACGUCUUUAAUUCUGGUUAACUGCAGUUUCAGUCCCAGCCUGAUUUUAUAAGCAAUUGUACAAUCAUAUACUUUUAUGGUGAUUUAUGGUUUCUUAAAACAUUUCUGUUUAAUACAGACAUUGACUUUCAAUUCUAUGUGUAUGUAAUAACUUCAUUUUGGAUAAUAUGAUGAAUUAUCGGUGAUAGUUGAAAUCAGUUCCUUUGAUCAUCAGAAACUUUAAUAUGGCAAAAGUGGUAAAGCAGUCAAAAAGCUUUUCAAGAGAAAGCACAAAGACUGUUAACUUUUGAAUUUUGUCACUUAAUCACAGAUUUUCAGCAAGUGGUAUAUCGUGAAAAAUACUGUGGACUAUUGCUUAUUUUUCUGAGUUUUAAUAAGGCUUUUGUAAAGCAAAUUGCCACUCAAUAGAAUAUUUGAUGUUGUAUUUGUCAAGCUUACUAUGCCUCGUUCUGAGGAAGGGUCACCAGACCUGAAAUGUUAACUCUGUUUUUACCUCCACAGAUGCUACCAGACCUGCUGAGCUUUUCCAGCAACUUUGUUUUUAUUAUGCUUUGA